AACGCUUCUUCAACAACUGCAGCCACCUCGGUAGCUCGCCAAAUAACGAAGUCGUAACAUUCAAGUUCUUUAGACAAUUUCGUGGUUUAUUUGCCACUAUGAUUUAAACAUACUUAUGUGGAAACAACUUGCUACACCAUUUAAUUUAAUAUUUCCAUUGUAAGGCAACUAGCUGGCUGGUUAAAUUAGCACUAGUCUGGUAACUAAUGCUAGCUAGCUAACAUCUCCGACCAUGAGGUCACUAAGCUACUCUCCUGAUAAAGAAGAGGGGGUCUGCUGGACGGAGAAAGAAACUAUCGUCAAAGAGGAAGAGGAGGCUGUUACAAUACAAAAACAAGUAGAUGGUGUGGCUGUUACCGUGAAAGAAGAAGAGAAAGGCGUUACAGUGAAAGAAGAGGAAGACAUGUUCAGAGUGAAAGAGGAGGAUGUUACAGUAAAAGACGAGGAGGAAGAGAAAGACGCGUUCAGAGUGAAAGAGGAGGAGGAAGAUGCCGUUUUGGGAGUGGAGGAUGAAGAGGGGGAGAUUACUGUCACAUUGGAGGAGGACGAAGAAGAGAAGACUGGAGAACUGAUUAACACCAGUAAAUACAGAGAGAGACGUGACUAUCGUGGAUCAUCUGGGGAGCCUCAACAACAUCAUGAUGCUGACGAGGCAGAGAAGACUCUCUCCAGAUCAGAACUCCUCAAGAAACACCAGCAGAGACCCACAGGGAAGAAAUCUAUCUACUGCUCUGACUGUGGGAAACAUUGCAAAUCUUCAUCAAAACUUAAAAUACACCAGCGAGUACACACAGGAGAGAAGCCUUAUAGUUGUGAUCAGUGUGGCAAGAGUUUUACGAAGUCAAACAACCUGGUAUCACACCAGAGAACACACACAGGAGAGCAGCCAUAUAGCUGUAAGCAAUGUGGGAGGAGUUUUUCUCAGUCAAACAGCCUGGAUAGACACCAAAGAACACACACAGGAGAGAAGCCUUAUAGCUGUGAUCAGUGUGGGAAGAGUUUUACUCAGUCAAGCAACCUGGUAUCACACCAGAGAACACACACAGGAGAGCAGUCAUAUAGCUGAGAGCAAUGUGACAAGAGAUACUCUCAUUCAAGUGGUCUGAUUAAAUAUCAGAAAAUACGUGCAGGAGAUCCACAGUGUAGAAUGAUCUCCAACACCAGACCUGGGUAGUAGAACACAGUGUGGAAUGAUCUCCAACACCAGACCUGGGUAGUAGAACCCAGAGUGUGGAAUGAUCUCCAACACCAGACCUGGGUAGUAGAACCCAGAGUGUGGAAUGAUCUCCAACACCAGACCUGGGUAGUAGAACACAGAGUGUAGAAUGACCAACACCAGGCCUAUAUACAUCAAAUCACAUUUUAUUUGUCACACACUUGUUUAGUUAGCAAUGUUAUUGCGGGUGUAGCAAAAUGCUUGUGUUUCUAGCUCCAACAGUCCAGUAAUAUCUAACAAGUAAUAUCUAACAAUACACACAAUCUAAAGAAAUGGAAUUAAGAAUAUAUAAAUAUUUGGACGAGUGAUGUCAGAGCGGCAUAGACUAAGAUGCAAUAGUAUAGGGUAGAAUACAGUAUAUACAUAUGAGAUGAGUAAUGCAUAGAUUAGAUACAGUAGAAUAGGAUAGAAUACAGUAUAUACAUAUGAGAUGAGUAAUACAGACUAAGAUACAGUAGAAUAGGAUAGAAUACAGUAUAUUCAUAUAAGAUGAGUAAUACAUAGACUAAGAUACAGUAGAAUAGGAUAGAAUGCAGUAUAUUCAUGUGAGAUGAGUAAUGCCAUAUGUGUAAACCUUUAUUAAAGUGUUCCAUUCCUUAAAGU